UGCCCAAGGAAAGAGUGCGGUGACUUCUCAAAAUCCCAGAAAGUGUCCUCAGAGGAACGGGAAGGUCCUCAGGUUCAGGAUGGGCAGCAGCAUGGGGUUGAAAGCCUAACUCUCCUCAAAGCCUCGCCCCUGAACUCCUUUCCCUGGGGCUGGGAGCUCCUUCCAGCCUCCUCCUCAAGGGUAGGGAUGGAGCAGCCCGGGAGAGUCCCUGGGGACGUUGCUAAGUUGGGAACAAAGGCCCACAGAGGGGUCGAGGAGAACGAGGCUCCCAGGGGGGGAUAGAGGGGGCUGCUGCCCUUCCUACCGGCUCCUCCCUCCUCCCUGAGUCCUCCGCCUCCUCCAACGUCUUCGAGAGGCCGGGUGGGCGGCCGCACCAACUUCACCGAGCGUCCCCAAGUUGCCGGCUGCGCGUGUGGAGUGAGGCGGGGAGUCUGGCGGAGAGGCACGGGCUUCCCAAAGCUUUGGCUGCGGCUCAGGAGGCCGCCUCCGGCCGCUAGUGGGACCGAGUCCUGGGUAGGACCGAUCGUUUGCCUGCAGUUAGGACACCGCCCGCCUGGCGCCGCUUCCCGCCCAGCGAGGGGACCAGCCCGGCCGCGCCUCCCUCCCCACACUCGCCCCGGACGCAGAGUGGGCGCCGAGGGGAGCGCGGCCCCCAGCAUCUUCAGAGCCGAGGGCGCUGUUGGGGGCGGAUGCUGCCCGGGCUGGACGCCGGCCUCCGGGAGAGUCGGAUCCGCCCGCCGGGAGGAGGAGGCUCGGCCGGGGACAAGGGUGUCCCCCACCUGAAGAGGGCAGGUUGGGUCCCAAGCUGUGCUCCUGAGCUGAGUGCCUGCAGCCAGCCUGAGGAACACCAUGGCACCCCCUCUCCCCACGGAGAAAGGACUCACUCUGCCUCAGGAUUUCCGGGACCUUGUACACAGCCUGAAGAUUCGAGGCAGAUACGUCCUGUUCCUGGCAUUUGUGGUCAUAGUUUUUAUCUUCAUCGAAAAGGAAAAUAAAAUCAUAUCCAGGGUCUCUGACAAGCUGAAGCAGAUCCCUCAAUUUGUGGCAGAUGCCAAUAGCACUGACCCAGCCCUGCUCCUAUCGGAAAACGCAUCUCUCUUGUCCCUGAGCGAGUUGGAUUCCACCUUCUCCCAUCUGCGGAGCCGUCUGCACAACCUGAGUCUGGAGCUGGGUGUGGAGCCAGCGAUGGAGGCCCAGGGCCAGGAGGCUGCAGCAGCGAAGUCAUCCCAGCAGGAUGGAGCAGGGACCCGGCGGCACGUGCUCCUCAUGGCCACCACCCGCACGGGCUCCUCAUUCGUGGGCGAGUUCUUCAACCAGCAGGGCAAUAUCUUCUACCUCUUCGAGCCACUGUGGCACAUCGAGCGCACCGUGUUCUUCCAGCAGGGAGGUGCCAGCGCGGCGGGCUCGGCCUUGGUCUACCGCGAUGUCCUCAAGCAGCUGUUGCUAUGCGACCUGUAUGUGUUGGAGCCCUUCAUCAGCCCACCGCCCGAGGACCACUUGACUCAUUUCCUGUUCCGCCGGGGAUCCAGCCGCUCGCUCUGCGAGGAUCCGGUGUGCACACCCUUCGUCAAGAAGGUCUUCGAGAAGUACCACUGCCGAAACCGUCGCUGCGGGCCACUCAAUGUGACCUUGGCGGCCGAGGCGUGCCUCCGCAAGGACCACGUGGCCCUCAAAGCCGUGCGCAUCCGUCAGCUGGAGUUCCUGCAGCCGCUGGCUGAGGACCCAAGGCUGGACCUGCGAGUCAUCCAGCUGGUGCGCGACCCCCGGGCCGUGCUGGCUUCACGCAUAGUGGCCUUCGCGGGCAAGUACAAGAGUUGGAAGAAGUGGCUGUCCGAGGGGCAGGAUCAGCUGAGCGAGGAGGAGGUGCAGCGGUUGCGGGGCAACUGUGAGAACAUCCGCCUGUCUGCAGAGGUGGGCUUGCGGCAGCCAGCCUGGCUGCGCGGUCGCUACAUGCUGGUGCGCUACGAGGAUGUGGCACGCUGGCCACUGCAGAAGGCCCGGGAGAUGUACGGCUUCGCGGGCAUCCCCUUGACCCCGCAGGUAGAGGACUGGAUCCAGAAGAACACGCAGGUGGCCCGCGACAGCAGCGACGUCUACUCCACGCAGAAGAACUCCUCGGAGCAGUUUGAGAAGUGGCGUUUCAGCAUGCCCUUCAAGCUGGCACAGGUGGUGCAGGCCGCCUGCGGCCCAGCCAUGCAUCUCUUUGGCUACAAAUUGGCCAGAGAUGCCGCCUCCCUCACCAACCGCUCCAUCAGCCUCCUGGAGGAGCGGGGCACCUUCUGGGUCACAUAGUGGAGGAUGUCCGGGGACCUUUAGAACCCCUUCUCGUGAAAGGCUGGCCCUGCUUCCCUCACACCCAGCCUGGCAGGCAGUGAGACACAGCCCUGGCAGAGAGUCAAAAUGGGGAGAGGUGAUGGGAACAUAGCCCCUGGCUGUAGUACUAGGCCCCUUGCCAACUAGAUUUCCCAGUGCAGCUACAGCUUGGGACUCCUUAGUGGUACUGGUCAUAAGGUGAGGACAGUGUCCCGAGCAGGCCCAGGUAGGUACCUGUGUGAGGACACACCUCCCUGACUCUUUCUGACACUGUCACAGAAACACACGCCAAGCACAUAAAGGCCUGUAUGCUGUGUGGGCCAGAGUCCAAGUAUUUAACAACCAGAAGGGCCUAAGGCCCUCUCCAGCCGCUCAGACCUCCUACUGUCUUAAGUGUUAACCUCUUCCUCUCAGAGUCAGAGAGGCCUGCAAUCUGGCUGGGUCCUUGGAAGGGAGAGGACGGCCCAGGGUGAGGAAGGGGGCAUUGGAAGCGCCUCAGGGAACAGGGGCUGUUUGCCAGCUGACCUGAAAAUGGUUCGAUUAGCUGUUCUAGUCACUCAUGAGUGACUAGCAGUCUGUGUAGAGCAAGACACACAAAGUGCGAGUAAAACAGACAAGCCUGGGGGUGUGGCUCAGUGGAAAAACCCCUGCCUCUCAUGCUCUGGGGCCUGGGUGUGAUUCUGAGCACUAUAAAUACAAGGGAAAAUAAGACAUACAUAUAUGUGCAGCAGAGAGAGAGACAGAGAAGCAAAAUAAACACAUUUGCUCCCCUUAUAAACACACAUUCCUCUCUCUCUCUCUCUCUCUCUCUCUCUCUCUCUCUCUCUCACACACACACACAAACACACACACACACACACACACACACACACACACACACGCACUGGUACAGGAGAGCUUCCUUUUUCCACUCUUUAUGCUUCCGUGGGUUUGGGUUUGUUUUGUUGUUGUUGUUGCUGCUCUUGUUUUGUUUUGUUUUUCUGUAUCACAUAUCUAAACAAGGAGCCUCGAAUUACAUUUCUUAGGGUUAUGUGAAGAGGGGGUAUAUUCAAGGACAAUGACGCUUUUCCCUGACCAAAACUGGGAAGGAAUGAUGGGUCUCUGGACUCUGAACUCCCACUGAGCGUCUUAGGUUGCCAUGGCUACCUCCUCCAACCCAUCCGAAUGCUUCUGCUGGCAGGCAGAAUAUUUAGAAAUGGCAUGGGUAGCCUUCAUAUGACAACAGCCCAAAGGCCCCAUCCUGCCCACUCCUGGGGAGCAUUUGAAGGCUUUCUGAGGCCUAACCAGCAGGGUCAGCUUCAGUUCCUGAAAGAGAAAGAUGGUUCAAGGAGGGCCUCCUCUCUCUAGCCAGGCCUCCUCAGGGGCUAGCCAAGAACUUCAGAGUACUCUGCAGGGGGAAGUCACUUUAGGACAUAGCCUGCCAUUUCCCUCCUAGUUGACAGAGGUCAGUCCUCAGGUGGCCAUGGUUACAGCUAGUGACUGAAAAAGAAGUCUGCUUUCAGGCUUUGGGAAGAGGUAUGCUGAACUCAGGAUGGGCAGGUAUCUUAUUCGGGAUUUUAAGGUUAUUUAUAACUUGGUGCUAUUUGGGACUUUGUUUCUGUAAAACUACUCAGAAGCAGCAGGGUUUGAGGACCAGGGUAGGCUGAGAUCCAGUAGGGAGCAUUCGGCUCCUGGUUAAAGGACAGACCAGAAAGGACUUCUAGUACGAUCGGAGUCAUGCUAGGGCCCCACAUGUUCUUCUGUGUAAACUUCACGAGGAAUGAUUCUCAGAAGCUACCUUAGGCCCUGGGUCUGUAGCUCAGUUUGAAUGGAGUUCGUCUACCGUAUAUGAAGGCCUGGGUUCUGUGCCCUGCGUCACGUCAUAUAGCAUACCUCUAUCCCAGCAUUCAGGAAAUUGAAGGUUAGAGGUCAAAAGUUCAAGGUGCAGCUAUGUGUCUAUUUAGAGGUCAGAGUCUGUAAGGAAAAUACUUAAAGCUUCCUCUGUCCAGAGCAGGCAGUAUUCCUUCUCAAGAACAGGCUGUUUGAAAAUCCCUUCUUGUAAGCCCCAACAAUGGGGAGUCUGGGGGAACUCUUGACUGAGCAGCUAGGAUUCCCCCAAGCAGAAGCUCUUCUCUCCCUGUGCAAGCUGAGGUGUAGAGCCCCGGGAAGCCUUGGAACCGCCGCAGUGGGGGUUAACACGCUGACUCUCUGGACACUUGCUGCAUCUGGCACUGUGAGAGCCCAGGAUGGAGCUGGUGUGAGUACCAAGACGCAGGACGCAUAGCAUGGAAGCGGGCCUAGCACCGGUGCAGAGGAUGGUCCGGGAUGCUCCCUGGGGUUGGGGUUUGUUAUCCACCUACUCAGCCGGGUCGCAAGCACAGGUGAUCGUCCAUCACUCAAGCCAGCCUCUGCUCUUGAUUUUAACAAUCCAAGAACAAGUGGGUAAGGGACAAAGAGACAUCAGCUCUUCGUACUCGGUGGGGACGGGACAGCAUGUCGUGGGCAGGCUCGGGAGUACGUUAUCUUCUCUUCAAGUUCUUCAUCCAUUCGCUCCUCUGCGUGGCAUGUGGGGUGGGAGGGGCUGAGCUGGAAGUUUCCUUCCUUCUUCUCUGUGGGGGAUGGGGUGCAAGGCAAAGAGCCACCUCUCAGCUCUUUGAGGACAGACCCCCCACAAUGGACCUUUGGAACAUCUCAGGACAUUGACAAUGUUGCGUGCAAUGCAAGUUGACUUUAUUUAUUUUGUAGGAAAAAGAGAGACGGUAUUCUUUGCAGGGACCUAAAACUGUACCCUAAUCAAGAAGUACAAUUAAUAAUAGUAUUAAUAAUAAUAGGGAUGAUUCACAAGCCACACACAAUACACACACACACCAGGACACCCAAGACCAUGGAGGAGAUGAGACAGAGCCAGGUCAUAGAAGCCCAGGAUGCCAAAGAGGUUCUGUGGGUCAAUAAUUGAUCAGGAAAUACAAUACGCGGGCCCUUUGUACAGCACCACUCAGGUGUCUGCAACAACAGAGCAGCUCAGGUGGGUGGAUGGGCAGGCAAAUGGAGCCAUGAAACACAUCCCCUGAGGCUCACCAAGCCAGCCAGCCAGCGCCAAUUCUGAAGGUUCGGAAAGGGACAGUGUGGGGCAGACUACUGGGCGUCUUCUCUGGUGAUAUGCUAGACUUGUGCUUUGGGCUCUUAGGACAGAGAAAGUGGCCAUGCUGGUGGCAUGGGACAACUGCUCAUCCAACUCCAAAGGUCAAAGGGCACCAGGUGGCCUAUGACAGUAACACUCUUUCCUACCAUUAGGGGUGUCUGCCCCAUGGUGGAAGAUGCCCCCACUGAAAGCCAUGGGGUUUCUGGUCCUAAGGGGGUAGGAAGGACUUAGGAGUCCCAGAUGGCUUGAUCCCAGCCCCCCAAAUCCCUCAGCUGUCUUCCACAUUAGAGCCAUUUCAGUUGACCAUGGACUUGUCCCUUUUGAGAAGUCCUGGGCUUUGAAAGACAGGAGCACCUCCAAGGCAGUCUCAUGUUAAUCCCACAACAGAGGCAGAGGGAUCAUACUAAAGGAGAGAGAGAGAGAGAGAGAGAGAGAGAGAGAGAGAGAGAGAGAGAGAGAGAGAGAGAGAGAGAGAAGUGGGGGCUAGACUCCCAAGAAGCCAAGUGGGUCCAGCCAAGCUGUACUCAUGGCAAGGAGGGAACGUCACUAAAAUCGGGGCCUGGAGCUGGUGUGUUGUUGGUGAGAUCCUGUGGUAUGACUAGGUGUGAAUGAGUUUCCUGAGCAUGCUCACACCCGCUCCCAGCUUUAGACUUAGAAAUAGUGCCACCUUGAUGCCUUACCUCAAAAGAAUGAGGCAAAACUUGCAGCUUCCAGUGUCUGAGGACCUUUAGGAUCCUUUGAGCUGUGUCCUUGUCACUACAUGGGGACAUGUGUUCCUGAGAUAGAGAUAUGGUGCCCCCUUACCGCCUUGCUUAUGCUGUGGACCAGCUUCUUACUGGGCAUCUAGAAUGGCUCUACCAUUUGCUUCCACUAUAUUUGCUUGAACUUUGGCUCCUGCCAUGUCUCCAUCUCUCCUGGAUAGUCUAGUCCCAGGGUCUAACCACCACUCUCCACUUCCUGGUGGGUCCUACAAGCGCUAUCUUUGUGUCAGUACCUGGACCGUGUCCUGCCUCAUGGCUAAAUGGUACAGGACAUCUUCCCAGUCUGAGUGGUCAUGGCACAUGGAUGUGUGCUCAUGAGUACAUGCAUGGUGUGUGUGGGUGGAUGGGCGCAUCCUGUUCUGCCUCUGGUGCGGCCACACAGUCACAACUUCUUUCUGUCAAUGACCUUCUUGUUCUCCUUGUGGCUGCAGAUUAUCUUGCAACGCCCGGUUUUGCUGUUUUCAUCUGAGAACUGACAACAGGGUAUUCAGAGUACAGUUCAUGACCUAGGAUGUGAAACCCUUCUCCUCAUAGCUUACCAAACUUAUUUAAUUAAAAGUGAACAUACAGGGGUUGGAGAGAUGGUUCAGUGGUUAAGAGCACUGGCUGCUCUUGCAAAGGACCUGAGUUCGAAUCCCAGGAACCACAUGGUGGCUUAUUACCAUCUGUAAUGAGUUCUGGUGCCCUCUUCUGGCAUGCAGGUGUACAUGCAGAUAGCGCACUCAUGCAUAAAAUAAAUAAAUCUUUAAAAAACAAAAUAAAAAUAAAUGAACA